CGGGAAGAGUUUCACACAAUCAUCAAACCUUGAGGAUCACAUGAACAUCCACACUGAAGAGAAGCAGCACGCAUGUGAUCAAUGCGGUAAAAUGUUUUUAUGGGCUUCACUUCUGAAGAAACACUUGAACGUUCAUGCAAAGAAGAAGCCACAUUCAUGUCAUUUGUGUGGUAAGAGUUUUUUUUCAGUGAGCAGUUUAAAACUGCACGAGAGGAUUCACACUGGAGAGAAACCUUACAAGUGUUCACACUGUGACAAGAGAUGCAAUGAUUCAUCAACUCUGAAAAGACAUGAGAGGAUUCACACUGGAGAGAAACCUUACAAGUGUUCACACUGUGACAAGAAAUACAAUGAUUCAUCAACUCUGAAAAGACAUGAGAGGAUUCACACUGGAGAGAAACCUUACAAGUGUUCACACUGUGACAAGAAAUACAAUGAUUCAUCAACUCUGAAAACACAUGAGAAGAUUCACACUGGAGAGAAACCUUACAAGUGUUCACACUGUGACAAGAGAUUCAGUCAAUCAGCAACUCUGAAAACACAUGAGAGGAUUCACACUGGAGAGAAACCUUACAAGUGUUCACACUGUGACAAGAGAUUCAAUCAAUCAGCAUAUCUGAAAACACAUGAGAGGAUCCACACUGGAGAGAAACCUUACAAGUGUUCACAUUGUGACAAGAGAUUCAGUCAGUCAGAAAAUCUGAAAACACAUGAGAGGAUCCACACUGGAGAGAAACCUUACAAGUGUUCACACUGUGACAAGAGAUUCUAUGUGUCAACAGAGCUGAAAACACAUGAGAGGAUUCACACUGGAGAGAAACCUUACAAGUGUUCACACUGUGACAAGAGAUUCAAUCAAUCAGCAUAUCUGAAAACACAUGAGAGGAUCCACACUGGAGAGAAACCUUACAAGUGUUCUCACUGUGACAAGAGAUUCAGUCAGUCAGAAAAUCUGAAAAGACAUGAGAGGAUCCACACUGGAGAGAAACCUUACAAGUGUUCACACUGUGACAAGAGAUUCAGUGAUUUAUCACAUCUGAAAACACAUGAGAGGAUUCACACUGGAGAGCAACCUUACAAGUGUUCACACUGUGACAAGAGAUUCAAUCAAUCAUCAAGUCUGAAAAAACAUGAGAGGAUUCACACUGGAAAGAGACCUUAAAAGUGUUUAAUCUGUGACAGGAAAUUCAGGGAUUCAUUGAGUCUGAAAAGACAUGAGAGGAUUCACACUGGAGAGAAAGCACAUCACCACAAUGUACGAGGGAAGCGUUCCAUUGAGUCAUCUGUUAUACACGGUUAUACAAAAACCAACCACAGUAAGGCCCCGUACACGCGGAGACACAUUUAGCUGUAUAUGUAAAUAUUUUCUAUGGUAUAUGCGUUUCGUCCAGACGGAUCCGGCAUUCGGGGCAGUGAAAACCCUAUU